UCCAACAAAAUGACGUGUUCUUAUUUGGUCAUGUCAACAUUGGAAGCAAAGUGUCUCUGGGUGCUUCUGUUUCUCUAUUUUGGCCCAGUUUGCUUUGGAAAGAAAAGCGAGGAGUCUGAGGUCUUGUUAUGCCGACAAUGUGGUCAUAAUAUAGUCGACAGCCGUGAAGUGGUUGACAUAAAAAGCAUCCUGGCCCUUAAAUACAAAAAUGCUUCAGUUCUUGGUCCAAAAGGAACAUUGGUUCAGACUUUUAAAAACCCUGAAGGAAUAAAUUUUGACGUGAUCACAGUUUCUAAAGCAAGCAUACAGGAGCAUGGGGAUGCCCAUGAGAAAUUUUCCUGGUUCCCAGGCUACGCGUGGAAGUUGGCGGGUUGCCCAAGAUGUCGUGCACAUUUAGGAUGGACAUUCACGUCGACAGACGAAGACGAUGACGAGGAAGAUUACGAUGAUGAUGACGAUCACGAUAUUGAGAGGCCAAUUGAUAAGUACCAAAAACCAAAAAGAUAUUCUUUUGCUGGAUUAAUCUUAUCCAGGCUGAUUCGAGAGAGUUUUGCAGAUUCGUUGAUAGUCCCACCGAAAGUAUACCAAAGGUAGCUAAACUGGAUUGACGUAUUUGAAAACAGGCUAUUGGAUUAGAAAAGAUCGCAGCACUGGAUCCAUGGUUAACAGCAUAAUUAAAAUAUUAUAGAUUAAAUUACAUCACUUGUAAAUAAUACGAUUAAUUGAAAUCACACAUUGGGAACUGAUAAAUUGUUUUGUACAAAGUUA